AUGAAAAAGUACUUUAAUCGCGAGUGCAGUUUCAAUUCCGAAUGCAAUAAUAAUGCAACACUCCCAAUUGCCAAUGAUCGGCAACAUUACUCUUGUGGUGUUCAGCCGCUCAGACGCCAACCGAGAGAUGGUGAGAAUUCCAGGCACAGAUCGCAGAGUCGCGCCCGGAGGAAAGGCAAGAUCAUCGCGGGAAAUCCGACGGAAGAGGGAGAAUUCCCGUGGCAAGUGUCCCUCGAGCUGCUGCAUCCCUCCAUGGGCUUCCUAGGGCACUGGUGCGGCGCUGUUCUGGUGGACAGGAAUUGGAUCCUGUCAGCUGCUCACUGUGUCCACAACGACCUCUUCAAUCUGCCCUUGCCGGCGCUGUGGACAGCCAUCCUGGGUGAUCACGACAGAUCGUGGGAGUCUGGCCAAGAGCAGCGGAUCCCCAUUGAUAAGAUUGUGAUGCACGACAACUACCAGAACUACCAGCAUGAUCUCGUCCUCAUGCGCCUCUCACGACCCGCCGACACUCAUUAUCCCUCAUUUGUGCGACCAAUUUGCCUGCCCAGCCAAGCCGGCGCCGACGAGACUCUAGCCGACGAUCGUGACGACAACUUCCUCCGCAGGCUGUUCAGCAUGUUCACGCGCAAACCACCGCGAAAGUCGCAGAAGCGACGAAAUGAUAAAUUCUUCCAAGAUCGCCACAUAACAAACAGAGAAAAUGACCUCUUCUUCGGCUCCAAGACAAUAGAUGACUUCAAUUUAUACCAGCAGCUGCCACUCUACCAUGACUGCCGUGUGACUGGAUGGGGCAAGAAGACCAUCGAGGGCGAUCUGACAAAUAUCCUGCUUCAAUCCCGAGUUCCUAUUAUUUCUAAUACAAAAUGCCAACAGGCCUAUGGCGAUCACAUCCGGAUCCACGAGGGUCACAUUUGCGGCGGGAAGCUGGAGAAGAAGGCCGGCGCGCCGUGCGUGGGCGACUCUGGCGGCGGAUUGCAGUGUCGCGAGAGUCGCUCGGGGCCGUGGAUCCUCGUGGGGCUCACGUCCUUCGGCUGGAAUUGCUCCCUGAAGCUGCCCGACGUCUUCACGCGCAUCUCCUUCUACGUUCAGUGGAUCUCCGGCGUGAUCUCUGGCGAUCCGCGCGACGAUCAGUAUCCGGAUUACUACUUCUGAUCCGCUCAUAGAACUUUCGCACAACAAAUGGUCGAAUUUAGUGAAUGUAGGACAUUAUAAUGGCUUAAACUCUGAGUUACAAAUAAUAUCUAGUCAGUAAUAAAUUAC